GGUGGUUCUAUGGAGGGACAGAGGGGGGACAGAGGGGAAAAAUAGAAGGGAAAAAAGAGCAAUGUAGAAACCUUGAAUAUUGGUCUACUUUUACAAACUGCUGGUGACCACGCAGAAGCGUGCUUCUUACUGGCCUUGGACAGCAGAAAUGCCCAGAGAGGUGGUGGAGUCACCGAGCCUGGUGGUGUUCAAAGAGCAUUUGGAUGUUGUGUUGAGGGACAUGGUUUAGCGAGAACCAUUGGUGAAGGGUGGAUGGUUGGACUGGAUGAUCCUGUGGGUCUUUUCCAACCUUAGUGAUUCUAUGAUUCUAAAUGGAAGGAAAAGCUCAGCUGCGGGAGACAUCUCCCCUUCCUGGUCCCCACAGGUAACUGAGCUGGCCGUGUGAGCUGGCAGCUGCUGUUCAGAGCUGCGGGUGGGGACGUGAGGACGUGGUUUGCACUGCCUGUGUCAGAGGCAGAGUCCUGAUUCAGGUGCAGCUCAGAACUGCAGCGUUUGCUGUGCUAUAGAAAAUAUGCGUCUUCACUGUCAGUGCUUAUCCUUUCCAAGCUCCAGUGAAACCGUCCCUCUGGGAUAGCUGAUGAAUAAUUGGGAAUAUGGUGUUGCAGAAGAGGGGUGAUGCAGGCUGCAGAGCUGUGAUACCAUUGUCUGAUCACUUGUGAUGAAGUAUGGUACUUUUUGCAUGUACAUAUGGUCCAGGAUGAGUGUGGGAAUAGAUAACUCCUUUCUCCUGUGAGAAUCUUCUGUCUCACAGUGAUGUGCAGGGAUUGAUUUGGAAACCAAACUAAAAAACAAAGCACUUUCUGUGUAGGCAUACUUAGUGUGGGCAGUACUAACAAAGUGGAAUUUUUGCAGUCACUUUUCAAGAAUGUAGCAAUUUGUCUUGUGAUAGUGUGAUAAAUGAUUCCAUCAUAGAUGAAUUGACAAGCUUGUGUUGGCAUUUUGGAUGGCGCUUAGAUAUUCUUACACUCAGUGCUUUGAAAUUAACAAGAAAAUACUACUAAUAACCCUUCUCUUCCUUGAUUCAUAACAAGAUCAGAAAGAAAACAGCUUAAUUUUGGCAUUGGCUUUUGUUUGUCAGUGAUGGUGCAGUCAUCCUAAACAUGUUCGUGAAACAGGAUACAGGUGGGUAGAAGCAGAGCAUGUUUGCUGGGGCUGCCUCGGCUCACACAGCCAAAUGUGUGGCAUGUGCGUAUUGACAAGGCUGAAGCAAGUGUUUUGAAAAUAAAUCCAUUUCUAUCCUACUUUAGGUUGAAACUGUUUUCAACAAUUUAGCCCAGUGUGUGGUAUUUAUAAGUAAUUAACACUACCUAAUACGAUUAGCGCACAAUUCGGAGGAGGGAAGGGAGAAGUGAAGGCAGGGAGAAGGCAGUGUGCUGGGAAGGGGCUCGUAGGCAAACCAUGUCAGCUAUUUUUAUCCUGUGCUUGUUCCUUCUCCCUCCCACAACUUUCCAUUGUACCAAAAUAGUUCAAAAUGUUUGUGGUUCAGGGCAACUGACAUCACUAAUUGUCCUGCUGUGUCUCGCUGAAUAUUUCUGUAAUGGGAGGUGAUUUCUUGUUCAGUGACAUCCACUGGGCUCUUGCUGUGCUACUUGGGAAGGACAAAAGGCACUGUGGGUCUGCACCAUCUUGUGCUCCGGCAAGGUGUGCCUGGGACAUGGGGCUUUGUGGGUAGCUCUUGCAUGCAUCUGAAAGCAUGGUGGAUGGGCUUUUGGAGAUCGUUCUUUCACCCGAGUGACCUGGCCCAGGACAGAGCAGGCUGCAGGGGACUCACCCAGCCAGGGCAGGCCCCAUCCUCAGCUCAGGCAGGCAGUUCCCUGUGUGCACAGAUAGUCAAGUUGCUUCUGGUAGGGGCUGCAAAGUUGAUCUUGUUUUGCUUGAAGCUCAGUCCCACUGCAAGCUGUCCAAUACCUCUGUCGAAGGCAUCUAACAGCCUGCUCUCCUUCUGGAGCUCAGGACUUGAAGCUACAUUCUGAAAAGAGGCUGUGUCUCUUGAGCAGACCUGUGCAGCCGGCAUGCCUCCAUUCCUUGGGAUAGUUGUCAGUUCAUUCGCUUGUAUGCGCUGCAGGAGUGUCACGAUCCUGGUGUGUUUAUGAAACCUCCUGAACCACAUACGGCGUGCUAGCUUAAUGAAGAAGAUGGCCUUUCUUCAUUCAGAGCUAUUUCACAACAUUGAGCCGUGUUUUGGUUACGUGCUCUACAUCCGGUGAAGUGGUAGCCAGAGGGGGAUGACUGCUAAAGUUCCUCUGAGUGUCGAAAUAACCCUGCGAGGUAUCUUGAGAGCCUACUGUAGGAUGGGCGUCUGCCUGAGGAUUAACAGCGUUUUCCUCUGUUUUAGGAGCAUGAGUGUCCUCCUUGUCUUCUUCUGGAAAUUCCUUGUGGACAAUUUAGAAUAGAUUUGAUUGUAAUGUGAAACUUCUGGAAUCAUGCACCCUUCUUUUAUCAUGUUUCUUUGGUAUGUGGCUGUUUCAGAGUAGGGCUUCCUCUAUGAUUUUAGCUACUGCUUGUUUCUGACUGGAAGAUGGUUUCACAUAUAAAUGCACCCAAAGUAUGAGCGUGCAGCAUUCAUCCUUCUGGGAGCUGACUACAAUUCCUGGCUUGUCUCUACUUCUUCUGUUAUAAUAGCCCAUUUUUUUUCUGGUACUGCUCUUUAUGGAGAAAGAAUCUAUUUCACACAUGAAGUUUUUAUCCACUACUCCGUGGUAUCUUCAACCGUCAGUGCACCCCGAGUAAAUUUAAAGCAGGGGGAAAAAAAAGUCCCCAGAAGAGCUUUUCUCUUUUGAUUCUUGAUGGUCAUUGCUGAGAGGUGCGCUGUUAGGAACGCAGUUUGCUGGUGGUAGUUGUCAUCUCCAUAAAUAGGUACGGCAAACUGUCUCAUUUCCUAUCAUAUAUCUUUUUCCUUGACUACACCGAAACUGAGUUUGAUAAAGUGUUUUUUUGCUGAGGAGUUCUUCCUAAUCUUUUUUCUUAAUCCCUGGUGCUGUGGGGCUCAACAGAAUCUUAAUGAAGACUUUGGCAAAUAGCUCCUAGAGAAGAUGAAACUCUUUCCUUUUAAGAUCUGCCAGCAUGUAGUCUCUGGAAAGAGCAAAGUAUCGGAUGUAUGGGUUAACCCUUUCCUUUUUGAAGAAAAACUGCUUGUCAGAAGUAUUGGAGCCCAUUCACAAUGGAGGUAGGUUGUUUGAGCUCGCCUGAAAAUGCUGCUCUGCUGAUUUUUCCAAGUUAAUUUCAUUCUGGUACUGAAGCCAGUGUAGAAGUGCUUUUGCCCAGACAACAGGGAUUGGCUGUAGCAGCUGCUCCCCAGGUGGAAGGAACAUCGUGGCUGUCUCCAAUUCCUUAUAUUCUUAAAAAAGGAAGAAUCAGCAGUGAGUGCAGCUGUCUGUCCUCAGGAAGGCAGAUAGAGACGAAGCAUAAAAGGCUUCUAACAGCUCCAUGUCUGAACAAAAUAAUCCCAGCAGGCCAUAGAGAGUUGGAGUUGAUUAAGAAAGGCAGCUUGGGAUUCUUCAUGGUGACUUCAACACUGAGACGCCAAGGGAGAUGACUCUGUGUCCUUGCUAGCUCCACUCACGCUAGAUACUUGCCAUGCUUGCUAUUGAUUCCAAUGUGACCACGUAUCCCAGAUUCAGAGCACCAAAGACUUCCAGAGGCGCGUGCUGAGAAUCAGCAGUUUGCAUUUGGCAAGAUGAGGGAAGGGAGGUUUUUGAAGUCGGUUGUUCUGCUUCCCGACUGUAUGAAGUCCUCAGUUACAACGUUACUACCCUUUUAUUCAGAACUAACAUGCAAAGGGAAGGAAUCAAGUUAGGGCUAGGGUUGAGAAUGAAGGGGAAUUGCGUUGUCUCAAGUGAAAUACUUGUUUUUCAACAUUCAGAGCCUGUCUUUGUGUCUAGUUACAUCAUCAGUUGUUGUAACGAGUCUGUGUACUGAUUUCUGUUACCAGCUUUCUAAGGAUUCCCACUGAUUUUUGAAGUGGGGACUUCGUAUUGAGAACUGAAUCACCCAGUGAUGGUAGGAAGCUGCUCUCUUGAGAGAGUUGCUCCCUCGUUAGCAAUCAUCUUUAAUUUCUUGACAGUGAAGCUACUAACGCAGCUGUGCACCAGUCAGCAGGGUUACCUCUUUACAAAGCCUCCGUGAUGUGCCUAAUGCUGCCAGGAACUGAAGCGAGCCGUGCAGGCUGUGUCUGAAGGGAGCUGGUCAUAACCACCCCUUGAUUUCAGGUGUGAUGCUGGGUUAGAAAGGCUACUGUAAAAGCACGUCUUCACAGCGUGUUUGGGUAGGAACCUCAGAUUCUAGUCUGUGCCAGUGUGAAUGGGGGAACUGCAAGUUCACACAGGCUGUUAAAGGUACUGCUUGCCGUUUGCGUGUGCAAUGAUUCGUCUUCCUUGACCCAUUCCUUGGUUGCACUUUCAGCAUUUAAUUAAAAGAAUGAAUUGAUAUUUCAGGAAGCCAUUGAAGGUAGCACUGCAGGUUUGAAUAUACGUUGUUGUUUCUUUGUGAUUGCCAAUGGAUCAGUAUGUGUCUAUAAGGGUGCUUCUACUUCAGCUUUUCCUUCUCCCUCGCGGUAUUCCGGAAAGUAAUAAAGCGGGGUCAGGAAUCGCUGCUGUCUCACGGGCUAAUUAACAGUGGUAGAUCUAACUGUACAAGUAAUUAAAAUAGUAUUCACCCUACUAUUUUUAUCAGCCAUUCAAACAUUCUUUGAAACAUUAUUCUGUGGGGCUCAUAUAUUGAAGAGAUGUCUUCUAUUGUACGUAAAACAAAAUUUCAGCACGGUGGGGAAAUGCUGAAGGGGCUGUGUGUUACUGAUGACAAAACCAAGCAGGCAGCGUUGCAUCACUCUCCUGCCGAGUUUAAAAAUUACCCAGUGGCUGGAUUAGCAAUGUUCUGUGUGCAUCUUUCGUUAAUGAAAGUCAGCUAAUGAAGAUAACGCUUCAAUUCCUUUUACCUCCAACUCUUCUCCUACGCGGUGAGGAGAUGCAGUUUGUGCCUUCUCACAAGGAAUUGCUUUUCCUUUAGCAAGACAGUUGUAUUAAGGCCAGAAGGUACUGUUCUGUUAUCACAAGACCUGAGGUGUGCCAGGAGGGGUUGGAUUUCCCUGAACUAACUUUCUUCUACGUAAAGAAAAAAGUCUAAGAGAAGUGUGAAGGGGUAAAAAAAAAUAAACCCAUUCUUGAUCCUUAAAGCUGCCAUUAGUGAGAAUUAACAGUGACCUGUGGUAACUUCUAGCAGUUGAAUAUCCUUCCUAAUGAAAACGCCAUACAUCACUUAACAUGUAAGCUGUGGCUUUUUCAAGCUUGAUACAGUGGAUCUGAAUUUCAGGUGGAGCUGCUGCUUCGUGUUGGUCUUUCUUUGCCCAACCUGUUCAUUAGCUAAUGAGCUCCUCACAGCUGUGUCUUGGUGCAACAAGCUGCACAUGUGUGCUAGCACAAAUACUUCAAGAAGUAGUUCACAGGUGCAGGCGUGCAAAAUUGUCUGUGAGUAGUGAAGACAAGCUAUAGUUUUUUCCCCUGCUAUGUAUCUAAGACUUUACUGAACUUGUUGUCACCGUUCCCAACAGCAGCAGCCAGCAUAGCCUUCCAACGCAAGGCACGUUUUGUGCCUCCAUCACAACUUGCCCGGUCCUGCCGGAAGUAACAAAGACAGCCCCUUGCUGUUCCUUGCCUCUGGGGAGCGGCGGUGAGAGCUCAGCUGUGAGCUGACAUGUCGCACCAUGCUGAGAGGUAUUUCUCUAUUGGGAGCGCUGACUCACAGCGAGCGUUCCCAUUAACUGCUUGGGGACUGCGUCUUGCAGCCCACAUUGCCACCUUUCGUACUGCUUGGUAUAGUUAUAAAAUAGACCUUAAAACCCUUUUGUGCUUUUAGAAAAGUUCAGAACUACAAAACUCAGUUGACAAUAAGUUGACAUUGUACGUACCUGUCCUCCAAAUCAUGGUAUGUGGGUAAGGUGGUGAGCUGGGCUUGCAUCUCUAACACACGUCCUUUACUGUAGAUUUUUGUUAAGAUAUGCCAGUACCUCAAUCUAGUUAGCACUGUGAGAUGGAUGAAUGUUUCUGUGGGCAAAGGGCUGUGAGGAAAGUCAAACAGUUGUGUACAAAGACAAACCUGUCUGCAGCCCGGUACUCCGAGCAGAGCAGGCUGUCUGCAGUUGUGUAUCUUGGGCUAUAUAGCAAGAAGGCUGAGCGCUAAAGCCAGGUUUCCAUGGUGAAAUAAUUCCUAGCUAUUAAAGCACAGUUCUACUCUGAAAAGCAACUCUGUGCGAGCUACGUUGUGAAGUCUCACAUUUACGAGGCCAGGAGGGUUCCAAAUCAAAUUUGCUCAGAGCAAUAGAAAAGAUACCUUUGCAAUCUGCCAGCUCUACGGUUUGGGUUGGAAGAUAACAAGUAGUGUCUUCAGUGGUUUGUGUGCUCUGCUGGUGAACUCCCUCCCUGCAAAGGUGGACCGAAAUGUACUGCGUGUGCUCUCCUGGGGAGAUAACAGGGUUGCAUCAGAAUAACCAGGGGGAGUGGUUGCUGCCAGAACUUGAAUGUAAUCAUAAUGCAGAAGUCAAAAUAAGUUUUAAGUGCAUUCCAAUGGAAGAUUGCGGCAGAGAAAGUAGCAACAAAAACAUAAAAAUCCCUGCUGAAGUCGAUCGGUAUGUCUGAAAGCACACAGGCAAUAGGUAUGUUAAUGAAGAAGUUUUCACGUUUUUACUGCAGUACAUUUUCUCUCACUUUGCAGAAUCUAAAAACUUGGGGAGAUACAGGCGUAUUUUGUUGUUGCUAAUUGGAUGGGUUUUGGUUUUUCCUUGUUCUUUGGAAAUGGUUUUUUUUUUUUUUUUUUUGGUCUCCAGAACUUCAAAUCGUGUUGAAAAAGCUAUUCUGAAUGUUGUAACUUCCUUGCAUUCAAAUUUUGGUGCACAUUACUUGUUCUCGUGGUUCUUUUUCACAGCUCCCUCUGCAGCAUACAGUAUCUGCCUUUGUCUGCUCUCAACUGAGAGCCCCUUUCCUCCUUUGCCUGUGUGUUCUAAUUGCAGAAACUCAAGCUAUGCUGUAGGUCUCUGCCUCAGGUGGAGAUAUCGGUCCAGUAUAAAACACACACACACACACACAGCUAUUUAUCUCUGCUGCCUUUAAAAGGACGUAACCGAUUCAGAUACAAAUCUUCAUAUAUGCAGGUAUCUGUGGUUAGGUGAGAUGAAUCCUAUUCCGGUAGGAAUAGGAUUGCUUUCUCUCUAUAUAUGUAGCAAACCACGCCAUGGAUGGUUAAGAAAGAAUUUGUGUUGCUACAAUAGGAAUGACCUUUUCCUCUAAGAGGGGAAAAAGUGUAUGGUAGCAUCCUGAUGGCUUUGAAGCUUGUGUGCCUGGGAACUAAAAUGCGCUGCAUGUUAACGAGACAAACCCCAGAACACAGGGCUCCAGCUUGUGUUUGCAGCUGAAGAAUUUCAGAAAGGGCCGGGCAGAGAUGCAGUUGGAGAGCUGCCCUGUGGAAUUUCACAGCAGAGCCUCUCUGCUCCCUUUGUGCCCCGUGUGCUCCCGAGGUUUGCUCUCAAAGUACCCUCCUGGGGGUGAGCUGCUGCAGCAGGGGAGAACACCGUGAGAGACGCGUUUCCAAGCAGCUCUUUGCUCUGUUUUGCUCAGGUUUGGGUUUGCUUUGUCAGCCAGCCAGAGCUCACCCGCACUUGGAGGGUUAUAAACAAGAAGAAAACACCCCAAUUCUGUCACACUCUGGCACCUAUGAUGCAGUGUUCUGCUCUAUGCUUUGUUCUAAACAUUGGGUACGUUAGUCGUUGCAACAUUCUGAAUCUGUGACCUACUGCAUCUCUUACAGCAGUCCUAAUUUGGCUCCAUACAGCUCUUGAGUAUAAACAUUAGGAAAGAUUUGUGUCUUUUUACUUUCCUAAUCCUCAGAUUACCAAAAGCCUGGACUGUACUGAAUCACUUAGGACAAGAAUUUUGCUGAGACUUAGCUUUGGCAUCUCAUGGUUUGGCUAUGUGAGGGCAUUUUUGUGUAUAAAGGUAGAAGAAGCAGUUCAAAAUGAAAAUGAACGGGAUAAGAUCACUUUCUGUCCUUCUGCUGGUGAAUGCUUCCUUCUAGAUUGCAUCCCUUGCUCCCAGAAGUAAUCUGCACUUGUACCAUGCGUGGUCAUGGGGCUCUGUCCCCAUCAGCCCCUCCCGUUUGCUCGCUGGAGGAGUGCUGGUCCUGUGUGAGGGUCCUGCAUGCAGGAGGCCCUCCUCAAAGGCAGAUGGAGAGCUCAGGUCCAGCCUCUGCUGUGGGGAGGAGUUCUGGCAGGUAUGCCUGGAGAAGAAGGGAAACUCUAGUCCAGCGUGUUUUUACCACAAGAAUGCACUCUGCGCAUUUUUGUAGUAUUAACCAAAUUGUUUGCAAGCCUGGCCAUGUCUCUGUAUUCCUUCUUCCCAGAGUUGCAUUAGAGAGAAAACAGGGAAGCCUGAGCAGAAGGGAAGGAGCAGCAGCAGUACCCAGCCAUCAGCAAGGACCUGACCGUCCCAGCGCUGCACUUCAGAAGGCGGUUACCGUGCGGCUGCCACGCUCUGAGGGGCAAACAGAGCUGACGCCAGGGGUUAGCAGGCAAAGGGUGCAGGAGAGAGAGGUGUGAGGUGGGCGGGGAUUCCUCCAGAAAUAAGGGAGAAGCCUGCUGUCCUGGAGACAGUACUGCAGGUGCCCUGUGUUCUCCUUGCUUUGCCAACAGCACCAGCUGGAACUUAGCUUGGGCCUACAGAAUUGUUCAGGGCUUUCCGCUGAGAAGCAGCAUUAUAAAAUAAUGUUAUGGCAUUUGUCAUCCUUAACAUGCCUGCCAUGCCUUGGCACCGACUGUUUUCAGCUCAGCAUCCGGAGGCUAAGCAAAGAUUCCCUUUUAAGGCAAAGAGCCACUAUGAGAAUCCAGGAGAAAAAGUUUCCCUGGCAUGUAGGGCACAUUCUUCUUUCCUCCUCCCCUUAAAUAAACUAUUAGUAACUUUUAAAAACAGAACAAAAAUGAAGAAGCAGGACCAGAAAUGCUGCCAAAGACAUUUUAUUCUGCGCAGCCUCCUUGGAGCUGCACCGUACGCCAGCCCUGGGACCAACCCGGGGCAGGAGCUGGGAGGAAUGGAGCUGAGGUCACAGGGGUCUGUCAGAUAACCUGGGCUGAGAGGCAGCACAGACAGUCUGAAAAUGCAGUAUCUUUCCUUCCUCAAGCCCUGGAGAGACGGUCUGACCACAGCAAUCUGUGAACAGUUGUGCUGCACGAUGCAGUGGCUUUGGGCUUGCAUUCUAAUACCUUACACGGUCGGCCUCCCUUCCCAUGCUGAUGUUUUUCUCUUUCCCAACCCUGAGUGUGUACGUGUACACCCAGGGUUUGUGGUCUGGCUGUGCUGGCAUGUGGCAUUUUGGGCUAAAGGCUUAGCACCGGUCUUGGUUAAAGCAGCUUGUGGGGACUGCUGAACGUUCCCCAGACAGAUACUGAACGUGUAUAGUUUUAAAGGCAAAGAGAAAUGCAAAUAUUCUCUCUCCGUUCCAACUAUACUUCUGUUACAGAUGAGGCUAAUUCCAAUUUUCUUGCAUCGUGUACAAAUAAAUAAAGAUGUUGAAUUCCCCAAGGGUGAUUUUAAGGUGACUGCAGCCUUUAAGCCUUCAGUCGUUGCACCCACCAGAGGGGAAAGGACUGUGGACCACUGUUGGAAAUAAGGAUGGCCGAGGUAGGAAAAUGGACAGCAUUUGUGGCUGUGGUGUAAAAGCUGGUGGUAGCCUGCUGCUUUGUUGUUCUUGGUGGGUGCUUGUCACUGGGAAUCAAAUCUUUGCUCUUAAAACUGUUUCCUUCCUGCUGUGAAUAGGUUCAAGGAAUAGGUUCAAGGCUCCCACAGUUACGCAGAACAUUCUUAUCCAGAAAUGAACUGAUAACUUCUUUCCAGUAAACCAUUGUGGGGAAAAAAAAAGAGAAGUAAACCUUAGAGCAGUUAGCCUGCUUCUCCUUAUGAAACACAUGGAUGGCCGAGAGCUUUGGUUUUCUACCCUUUGCAGAAGGGGAGCAUGUUAGAGGAGAAGAGCUUUUGUAUAUUUUAACGUGUUGUAUUUCCUCUUCUGUUCCACCCAGCCCCCUUAAUUCCUUACACUAAGAAGGGAAAAGGGGAGAAACUGCCAUGAAAAUACAACUAAAUCUGAGUUACAACCCCACGUUCACUGCAAAAUAGAAAAACCUCAAAUUGGUCAUAAGGACUGCCUGAAAGAUACUGUUCAAAGGUUGGCUUACCGCCCCUCUAAUUCUGUGUUGGCCUAUGUUUUAAGAAGCUACCCCCCAGCCUCAGAUCACCAAGAAAGUAGGUUUGGCAGGAGUACUUUGUAGUACUUGGGCUGUGGAGGCUGUUUUAAGACUUGACAUUUCAGAAAGAAAAGAAAAAAAAUACAGGAUGAAAACCAAAGGCAAAGAUAGCUUCAUAUAUCUGCUAACUUGGUAGUACAGAGGUAACUGUAGGUGAGGUGUAAUAUGGUGUUGCUGUUGGAGACUGUAAAUUCUCAAAAGACAGCUUUCCACAAAGACGUUGCAGUCGGUAUUGCGGCAUUUCAGCCCUAACACUUCAUGGCUUGUGAACCAUGCAGAUUGUGGAGCACAGAGUGGGUACUUGAAAGUAACCCCCCAUGGCCCCAUUAACCCUGCCUCUGCCAGGGGGUUGGAAGUAGAUGAUUUCUAAGGUCUCUUGCAACCAAAGCCAUUCUGUGAUUUUGUAACAUUCCGUGGGCAUCUUAUUUAUUUUAUCUUCCUUAACAGAGCAUUCUCUUUUUGUGCCACACUUGUAUGUGUUCCUAUGAACGCUGGGCUCUCACUGUGCUCUUGCCAGCACUGAGUAUGUCACACCUAGAUUGUCACAGGUGGGAAGCGCUUGUAAAUUCCUUGGGGAUUCCUAGGAUGGUACCAAUCAACCUGGAGUAAUAAAUGGCAUCGAUUAUUGAAAAAACAUUAGCCACCAAAUCAGUCUCUUCAUUGUGCAUGUUUCAUAAUGUGUGGCAGUUCUGAUCCUUGCAGACGUGAGGUGCCUUGUGCAUCCUAAAGCCUGCAAACGAGGAGCCAUUUGCCACCUAAAGCUUGCUGGACCUGUUUUGUUGAUUUUUCUAAUGGAGAUCAGCAUAUGUGAGACCUGACUGGAACCUGAAAUUGGUGCAAGAUCCAGAGGGCACGAAGUGGCUGGGCUUCGGUCUGCAGCUCUGGCUCCUCGCUGCAAUGGGGGUUUUUUGGUCGGGUUUUGGUUCUGUUGGUUUUUUUAAGCUUAUCCUUCCCAAGUUACUCCUGUGUGCGGUGCUUGUUUCUGGAAAUGAGCAAACAAAAAGCCUCCCAGCCUUGAAUAUGCCACAUAAAAAGGUGUACAGCAAGACAGCGGUUAUGGCAGAGUCGGACAGCUGGAAUCCUCAAUAGGUAGAGAUGAUUUUAAAAGGCAUGAUCAGUUUAAUUAACCACUGUUAUCUCUGCUGAGGUCAAACUUGUAAUAAGUAGGGCCCAUAUGACCAAAACCUUGGAUACCUGGUACGAUUGCAAAGUGAUGUGAGCUCAGUCAGGCUGGGGAGCGUGUCCACGCUGGUCCACGUGCUGUCCCUGACCCGUUUCCAGCUAAAUCAGACUGCUUCCCAUGUGCUUCAAUCAAAACAAACUGUAUCAGUUAAAUCAAAGCACAUCUUUAGUAUUUGUACCAUUAGUAAACUUUGAAUCUUAAAGACAGUUCUUGCUAUGAGUUGGGAAUAGUACUUCUCUCCUAUGGUUUUAAAACUAAUACCUGGAUAGUGCUUUGAAGAUUCUUCAAAGAAGGUUUUUUUUUCACCAAAAAACUAUCGGGCAUCUGAUCAAGAGAGAAAUGAGAGAGAUAAGGAAAGGAUCUUGAUUAACUGAGCGGGGAUAAUAAAGCAACCUGAGAAACUGGCAUUUGUACUUGAAUCUUAACAAGGCAGUUAGCCCAGGAAGAUGAUCGUGGCCCAGCAGGCCCAUUACUCACUGGGGUUAUCUUAUACCUCUCCUGCUCCAGUGAGAUCCAGGCAAGUUUCCAGCCGCUGUGUUUUCUCAGGUGAACACAAGGCUGGGCAUGGAAGCCCAGGCAGUAAUGAAUGUACUCAGGCUGAAGCUGGUUUGCUUAACCUUCUGUUAUGAUGCUUCAUGUGUGCCACCUCUCUUUCACCAUCCCUUUUCCUUCUCUGGGUCUUCUUCCUGGAUGUAACUUGGCCCAUGGCAUCUUAUAGGAGUGCCUAAAACCAAACCUAUCCUGAGACUUAUCUGAAGAAUUAAUUAGCACUCUGGUUUACCUGUCAAUAAAAACUGCUGAGUGCUGCCUCUCCUUGGCUUCCCUAAAGAUGUUCUUUCCUUGAUUAAUAGUCAAGCACCAAUAGUAAGGUUUUGACCGACCUCCCCAUACUGCCAUGUAACGGCCAUUUCUUCAGCUGCACUGGGACUACAUUGAUCUGGCAUACCACGUGCUAAGACGCGUUUAGCAGAAUUCUCAUUGUUGUUAAGGACAGAAAGACAGAGGUAAACACCAGUUGGGACUUCUGCCGGCUUUAGGAUGUGGGGUUUGUUUUCUUUUAGGAUACUGCCCUUCUUGUGGUCUUAUGACAUUGAGUUCCAUUUUCCAGUAAACGGACUACAGGUGAUGGAUUUGGGUGUUUCCUGAGUAGAACAAUGCAACUCUGCUGUUUUUGACACAUUUCCUUUCAUUGAAAGCAGGAUGAAUGAAUUGUUUCUGAAUGUGCUGCUUUAUGUUUGCUGCCAUAGUGUUCCCUUAUAAGGGUGUUUGGGACAGCUCAGAAAUGGUAAUGCAUUAUUUCUUGUAUUUAUGUACUUUAAAAUAUUGAAGAAGGCCUUUUGAAUGUAAACACUUUGCAGCACACAACAGUAGUAACGGUUGCUUCUCUUUGCGUGUUUGGAGUUGGUUCCAGGCAGGUGGUGGUUUCUUACAAGCCUUUGAAACAAUGGUGAACUUGGAGGGAAAGGAGAGCAGAAAGAAGCUAAGUUGUCAACUUCUUGCUUUUUAAUAAAUGUCUGAGCUUUGGUUUUAUGGAACACUACUGUUGCUUGUUGACUCUUGAUCAUAUGCCGUCAUGAUAAGAUGUUUUCUCUGUACUGUUGUAUGCUCCAGCUUUCUAAGUCUGAAAAGAAAGUGCUUUAGUAUUGACUAUUGUUGAUAGUUUCUAAGCUAAACCAAUGGUUUUGCAACCCAGACUGAGCAUGAUUAAAUUAAUUAGUGCUAGAAAGCCUGACAUUAUAACCAGGGCUCUGCCUGAGGAAAGAUGUGCAGUCCACUUCAGAACUCGGCAUUGUUAAAACUGGCAUAUAUUUUUGUUUGUAGUUACAGCGUUUGAGCCAUGUAAUAUCCCAACCAAACUGCACGCAGGUCAUGAAAAUCUGAUCGUAGAAACAAAUCCUGUGGUCUUGUUUUAAUGCUCAGCAGAUGCUAAAAGUUAAGAAGUUUGUGCUGCAGAUGAUGCUUUGACAUUCAGGUUUCAACUGCGUGAAUUAAAAACCCUUUCCUAUCGGUGAUCACGGGCCUCGCUGCAGGUUUUGUGAUGAUACCUGUGAGACGGGUUCUGUCUUAAACGGAGGCGAAGCUUUGGAAAGGGGCAGGGCAUGGCUUCCUUCAGGAAGCUUCUGUUUGAAAUGAUCCCGUUCCAGACUGAGGCAGUUGUGGAAAGACUUACCAUCUGUUGAAAGAUGCAAAGUGGCUGCAUGUCCUAAUCCAGCAGAGAACUGACGUCUGUGUGGAAAUGAGCUUGGGUGUGUUUUGGGUUUUCCUUUCUGGCACAAGGACUGCUCAUAGUCGUUUGUGUUAGCAAACUUGUGGGAAAGAUCUAGCGCUGAAUUUUGGUUUCUUUCCUUGAAAUGUCAAGAAGAUGCCGAAGUGAGAAUGAGGAAGUCCAAGGGAAAGCCAAAUGGUAAAAAGCCAGCGCCGGAAGAGAAGAAACUUUACCUAGAGCCAGAAUACACAAAAUCCAGAAUUACCGACUUUGAAUUUAAGGAGCUGGUGAUGCUACCACGAGAAAUAGACCUCAACGAGUGGCUCGCCAGCAACACAACAACUUUCUUUCAUCACAUCAACUUACAAUAUAGUACAAUCUCAGAAUUCUGUACAGGAGAGUCGUGUCAGACCAUGGCAGUGUGCAAUACACAGUACUACUGGUAUGACGAGCGGGGGAAGAAGAUCAAAUGCACUGCUCCUCAGUACGUUGACUUCGUCAUGAGCUCAGUGCAGAAACUUGUGACAGAUGAGGACGUCUUUCCAACAAAAUACGGCAAAGAAUUUCCGAACUCAUUUGAGUCCUUAGUGAAGAAGAUCUGCAAGUACCUGUUCCACGUGCUGGCCCAUAUCUACUCCUCACACUUUAAGGAGACUUUGGCACUGGAGCUGCACGGACACUUAAACACGCUCUACACACAUUUUAUCCUAUUCAUCAGGGAGUUCAACCUGGUGGACCUUAAAGAGACCACCAUCAUGGACGACCUCACAGAGGUCCUCUGCAGCAGCAGCGGAAGCAGCAGUAAUGGGAGCGGCAACGGGAGCAGCAACAGCGCAGGAGCACAGAACCACGUGAAAGAGAGAUGAGCCCUCCUACAGGAUCAAAACUAACAUUAAAAACAAUAUUAUAUAUUAUGUGUGUAUGUGUAUGUAUACGUUCAGAUAUACAUACAGGCAUAUACAGCUAUGAAAGCUGAAAGAAAUUAUGCUGCCACCACAGGACGUGUAGUCAUACGGGACUGUAUGGAGCUUUGGUUUAAUGCGCCACCUGGCGAGAAGUUGCACCAAUUUUAUUUUAUUUUCUGUCCACUCCUCCUUUUACCUAUUCAGAUGGAUGGUGAGUGCUGUUUUUAGAGAAGAGCCAAGCCUGAGAGUGGGGCCACUCUUAUUUCUUUGUUUUGUUUUGGUUGUUUUGGUUUUUCUUUCUUUGGUCUUGAGUGCAAGCCCUCCAUCUUCUGAGGAUGGUGGUCUUGCCAUUUUAAAAAUACCUAUUAUAUUAUAAGAAGUGACUUUUACUUUGAAGUGGCUUAAAAUGCAGAUUUGUUUGGGUUUCUGGGGGGGCGGGGUGGAUUUUUGGUUUGGUUUUACAUAGACUGCCCCUGACCCCUGCCAAAAACUUCCCAGUUGAGUGCAUCUUGCCCUUUGCUAGCUUGGAAUGGGAAGAAACUCCUGGCUUGACUAGAGUAGCAACUAGGGGCUUGCUACGUGUUGAGAGUGGGCAUGAUUCUCCAGUUGUUACAUCUACUUGGUCACAACAUGUGAAUGUGCAAGAGGAUCCACAAGCCUUUCUGCUUACUGCUCCUACAACAUAUAUGCUCUCUUCCCUGCUCCCUCCGCCUCCUCUUUUUAUUUAUAAAGAUGUGCCUGGGAAAAGAAUAAGAUCACCGGUCUAAAACCAAUGUGCGAGAGCCACCACCACGUGUUUCCCAUUGAAUGGAGGCCCGGGGAGGGAGGAGAAGGGCACACUGAGUCCGUCACCGCCUGUGCUAGAAAGAUGGCUGUUGGCAUAAAUUUAUAUUGUUGGCUUAUUUUAGUUCAUCUGUUCUAUAAUAAUAAAAACAAAUCUAUCAGCCAUGA